AUGUCUAACAGACGAGUUCCUCUAUCUACGAACCAGAAUGCGGCCAAUUCCCCUCUGCGUAGCAACGCUCUACUCAAACAGAAACGUACCGCAGCUCAGUUACAACGGGAAGAACAAUAUGGCCAACCCCCUCCGGCCAAGAAGCAAAUUAUUGAGGGUGGUACCCAGCGUUUGAUCUCGUCACAACAGCAACGGGCGUCCAAGAGUCAAAUUCCUAUACAGAUACGUCGCAAUGCAAAUACCUACGAGAACAAGUUAGCAAAGGAGAGAAGUGGUAGUUCUCACCAUCAACGAUCUCAGCAGCCCGCACCUGCUUCUCUUGGAUAUACUGAGAAGGAUAUUGAAGAAAUUCAGAUAUGGCAGCAACAUCAUAGGGCUAGGUUCCCUAAGCUCGUUUUCUACUUCGAGAAGGUUCCUAUUGAGGCUCACAAAAAACUUGCUAAGCAAAUUGGUGCUUUGGGUGCUCGUGAAGCAGCGUUCUUUUCUAUUGAUAUCACCCAUGUCGUCACCACCAGGCCUAUUCCCUCCGAGAAGAGCGUAAGCCGUCAAGAUGAGGAGACGACCGCCGCCGAGAAGCACCAAGACCAUAUACAAGAGCAGGUGCCCGAGCAAGACCAGGAACAAGAGGAGGUCAAGACUAUUAAUCCUUCCCUAUUAACCCGGCUUACAGAGGCCUCUACGAAGAAGCGAACUCUUGACAGAGAUGCCAGGACGCAGAGAAUUGCAUCUCAGAGCCAGGUCGGUGCACUCAAUCAGCCAAAGCGGAGCACUGACGUGUUACUACGUGCGAGGGAGAUGGGGAAAAAGAUCUGGUCUUUAGACAAGUUACAGCGAAUGAUGGCUCUACUCCUUGAGACGGAUCCGUACAUCAGUGUAGAAAUUGCGUAUGGAGCUCGCAAAGCAAGAGAACCCGAAUCUCGGACGACAGAGGAUCGCAACCUGUUACAUCUUCUCCACAACGAACGAGUCAAUGGGCCAUCCGACCGAGACCCCACUGUGAAUGGUCAGGAGCUGCAUUACUUUAAGGGUCCGUAUAUAUACGUUUAUGACGUUGAUGAGAAGCAAAAGCCGAUUAUGGUCAGAGAGUACAAAAAGGUUGCCGAAAAGGCAAAGGGUGAUUGGCCCCAAUUUCGUACGGCCGCGUUGGGACGGUGCCCAUUCAUUAACGAGCACGAGCCGAGAGAUUCCCGACCCGAGCCCAAGCCGAAAGUCCAGGUGACUAGAGCCGCCACUGAGAGUAAGCCUGCUCCUCAAUCCUUUAAGAUGGAACCGCCGAAGCCCGUAACUGGAAAACGAUCCUUGGGCGAGAUGGAAAAAGGUCAUGGCCGGGGCUCUAGCGUUGCCUCCGUUGACCCGUUCAACUCAUCUCGGUUAUCCGCUGGUCAGAUCACGGAUUCACGACUAAACGCGUUUACCGGCCGCGCUCCUACCCGCCUCUUUGGUGGCGAGCCAGUUGCGUCCGGGGUGCAACCUUCGAAUGUGACAUCAGCAAUUCGGUCACAGAUGAUUUCUUCCACAGCAACAACGCCAGGUCUCAUAACUGGCCUAAGCAAAGAAGUCCAUGGUCUUCAACGCCAGGUCCUAAAGCGCAACAGUACUGCCACUUCGCAAGAUCUGAGCUCCCGCCGAACUACUGAGACCAACCCGCGAGAUGAGAUGCCGGUCAAGCGAGCGUUCCCCUUGAGCCGCACGUCGAGCCGGAAGCUAGACUUGGUCGAUGAAGAUGCGACCGACAAAGACACCCAGGAAGGACUCAAAUCCAAGGCCGUGCCGCGUGCAGAAAAGCGAGAGUCAGCUCAGCCAAAGAAAAGCGAGCUCAAACCGGGUUACUGUGAGAAUUGCGCCGAGAAAUACGCUGAUUUUGAUGAGCACAUUCUAUCCAAGAAGCAUCGUAAAUUUGCUGAGGAUGACCGCAACUGGGUCGACUUGGAUGAUCUCCUUGUUCAUCUUCAGCGGAUGCCUAAGCGCAAGUCUUUCUCAUCCUGGGUUCCUUCUCUUCAAGAGUGUGAGGAGACAUAUUAG